AGCUGUCACUUGUUGUUUUUGUGGAAUUUUGCGAAUAUUGUGCAAAUCAUUUUCAUAAUAUAAAUUAUAUCUUUAUUUACUCACAAUGGAGGAAAACCUCCAGCAUGAAGAUUUGCUUAUAAAGCUACGCGGCAAACUGAACGAGGAGAAGAUCAAGCUAUGGGAACCGCCCUAUUUGGGCACCGACGAUUUGUUCACACAAAGUUUUCAGGAAUUAGCAACCAAGUAUGCAUCAGAUCUAUCAUUGGAUGAACAUUUAGUUCUUGCAGCAUUGCAUGAGCUGCAACUGCGGUCUAUCGAAAGGGUGAAGGCCAAUGAGGAGUUCAAAGACACAGGGUUGGCAACAUUCCGGAUCAAAGUGACAAUACCGAAGGAAAAGCCAAAAACACUAAAGUUACAGAAGACUUUAGAUGUGCCAGGGUCUGAACUCUUGAAUGCGGUCGCUGCGGAAAUUGGUGUUGAAGAAUCUAGGUUAAAGUUGAUCUCUAAUGGUAAAUUAGUGAAAUCCAGUUUGACUUUAAAUGAGCAAAAUGUUAAAAAUGGCACCCAACUGAUGGCACUUGUGUUGGAUGCCAGUCCAGAUGAGGUGAAGAAAGAAGACAACUUGUAUAUAGAAAUGAAGACAACCAGAGAUGAUGCGACCAUGCUCUCCGAGUAUGUGAGCCAGCUGGCUGAAUAUGAUGAAUACAUGAAGCUGGAAGACCAGUCGGGCAAGGCAGUGGAUCUGCCUCCUGCGGAGAAGAAGUCCCUCCUGGUAGGGCUGGCGAUGCACGAGCGAGGCCGGGCAGCUAUCAAGCAGAAGGACUAUUCACUCGCUUUGGUCUUGCUACUGGAAGCCGAUAGACAGUUCAAGCUGGCCGCCAUGGCGCUGCGACACAACAACAACGACCUGCAGGCUGCGCUCAAAGACCUCACCUCGCUUAAGGACCACCCCCAGCUGCUGUGCGAGAUGCUGGGCCAAGUGGCGGAGGUCGACGAGGACUCGCCUUCUGAACCCGACAACAAGCUCAUUGCUGAGCUGGAGGCCAUGGGGUACUCCGGCGAGGUGGUGCGGCGCGCGCUGCAGGCGGGACACAACGAGCUGCACGCCGCGCUCGACCUGCUGCUGUCGGGGCACGCUGACACGUCGGAGGAGGGCAACCCCUCCACCAGCACCGCGGAGACCUCACGCACAAAAAUGAAGCAGGAAUGGGAAAGGAAGAAGGAAUGCGACCGCGCGCUGGAGCGGCUGUCCUCCGCCAUCCGAGCUGACGAGGACGACUACCUCGACACCUCCCUCAUGGAGGAGGAGCAGUACCUCGCGGAGUACAAGUCCCUUCUCUAAGUCGCCACCUCCACCUCGAACUGUUAAUCUACUGUAAACAAUUGUUUCUACUGGUAAUACCAUAUGAUAUUGUGUAUGUAUGUUUAUAUGUCUUUUAACAAUUUAUAUAGUAAGUGUGAUCACUGUAAGCUGGUUCGCCACUUGUAUUCAAUAAGGUUUAUCUCAUUCAAUGAGAAUAUUAAAACGUAGUUACUUCAAAUAAAUGUCUUAGAAUAAUAA